AUGGCUGCUUAUGCAUACUUUCAAGGGCAUGCACAGCCGAUGGACGGUAGGCUAGGAAAUCACAUCCGUGUGUCUCAAGCAGACAUGCAGGGUUUGGGCCUUAACCUGGCCUAUUUCAUCGCCAGGAAUGGCCUUGCAGAUCUGCAAAAUUCAUGUGUGCCACGGGUGUUUGACCAUGGGCACCCAGUUGACCUGCUUGAGGCCGCAAGGAAGCACGUGACCAUGGGAUAUCUGGCACAGGCUACAGAUUACAUGAGCACAGUCGACAUCGAUCGGGCAUGGCAAAAAGUCCGGCUCAACACACAGCGGGCAGCACGGGCAGCUCAGGCUCCGGAGAGGAAGAGGCGGCCUCUUGGUGCCUCGACGAGGGUUCUGAGAGACGUCGGGACCGAUCCUGGCGAUGGGAGUUCAUCGGGUCGGGAGGAGCAGGACGGCUUUUUCGAACAUUUCCCGUAG